ACUGUGAUCAAAGAGUAUGAAGACACUGGGAGUUUGAAAGAUUCCACAAGGCGGUUAAUGGUGAACAUAAUUGUAGCUCACAUGCAUGAAAAAGAAGGGAGAACUGUUAGUAAAGCAACAAAGGAGUUCCAUGCCCUUGGGAUUGUGUCCCUGUUCCCAUCUUUGAAAGACCCAUACUCUAAAAAAGGAUAUGAACAUUUCUAUGACAUUCAGAGCAACAAAGGCUUUCUUGAGUGGCGUAUAAAGACCGUGCAACGUAAAUCCAGAACCACCUCUGCAUCACAGAGCAGAGUGGAGCUAAAAGGAGGUCCCACAUUAUCAAGAACGAUUGGAACUAUAGAUGACCAGCGAAUGGGAGAUGAAUGUCUGGAAGCUGUGUCUCUCCUCAAUCACACAACUGACCGUGACUUAGUGUUCCAGAAGAUGAGAGAAACUUUCCACUACCGUCAGCAGAUUCUUCACAACCCACAGCGCUCAGCUGAUGUACUACAAAUGUUUCCUCGUUUCUUGGACGUCAAAGGACUGAUUUUGCAAGACUUCUCACUAAUGUUUGGAGCAGAGGUUGCUUCAAGGUUUCUGGAAAAAUGGAACACCAGUUUCAAAGAAAAAGUCAUCCAGGAGGCCAGGAACCUUAAAGAGACUGCUCUCCUGAAACAGCAUCUGAAAGCUGUACUGAAAGAAGGAUCUGAUACUACUGAUGAUCCAGAAUGGGACAGUGACAUGGCCUCUCUAUUUGUCCUGCUUCAUCUUCUUACUCCACAACCAGCUGGAAGAAAGCGGCCCAAGAAGAUCAGUGUUGGAGAGGCAACAGAUCAUCUGGUCAAAUUUCAUAAGUCAUUCCAAAGCCUUGAUGAUCAUCUCCUGACAACUGAAGGAAACCCUCAGCCAUAUCUUCUCGCCUCAGGGACUUCAAAAGCACAGGUUUCCACCUUUUACAUUGUCUUGGACAGAAAAGUUCUGCCUUGUCAAUCAUGUACAUCCUUGGGUGCCUUUGAUGAGCUGUUCAAGUCCCAUUUUGUUUUCAGUGUGAAGUAUGAUGAUGCUCUGUCCAGUCUGUACACAUUUUUGCAGACAACUGUGUACAAUAUCGAUAUAAGUACAACUGAGGAAACUCCAAGGGUCAAAGAGCUAAGAGCAAGACUGUUGAACAAGCACUAAUUGUCUUAUUUAACCAAAAUGUUAAGUUGUUUCCUCUGCACUUCAUCCUUUUGUUCAGCUUUGCUUUUGUUCAGGCACCUCAAACUAAUUCAUGGAAUGUAUCCUGGGAAAAAUCUAAGACUGAAAUGUGGUCAAGCAGAUUGUUGCUUGCAGUUCUCUAGUUAUUCUGGAUUUAGGAGACAUCUCAUUAAGAUACA